AAUUAUCUGCCUUGACGCCUCUUUAAUAAUUAAUCGCCGUGCAUGAGAUCGUACCCAACCUUAGACUUAAAGGACACUAUUUAGCAAGAUCGAUCGAUUUGUACUCAUCAAUACACCAUGGAGGGUCUAGGGGAAGUUCUUGAAAUGUUUAAGAAUUGUUUUCCGUUGUCUUUUCUUUUUUUUGUCCCGAUUUUCAUCAUAAUCUCCCCUGUAUCGCCGGUGACCGCCGCACAUGAUUUCGCCAUCUACAGAAUGCAGCAGUUUGAUCAUUAUGAGACAAAAAUUGGCAGCAAGAUGUCCCUAAUUAACAUGGAAGCAAGACCUUUGGAUGCAAAAAUGGUUACAAGAAGAUGCAUUUUGACACGCUUGAAGGAAAUGACCGGAGCCAAGUACAGGGAGCUCGUUGAACAAAAGGCAGGAGCUCUUCUGAUUCUUCUGCCACAACACUUGGCAAGCAUGCCAGAACAAAUGAAACAGCAUCUGCAGACUCUAGAGCAGGAGCUAUUAGGCGCGGAGGAUUCCAGCGUGCCAGUCUACUUUGCCUGGGAGUCGGACACGUUACUCCAGAUCUACAACUCUGUGACUGCCAGCUCUGGGGAUGAUGCUGCAACUGCAGUGGAAGCCUUGUUGAGCUCAGCCUCUGCCAAUGGCUACCAAAUGGUGCAAGGUGGCAGUGUGGCCAAGGCCCUGACUGACUUCCAGAUUACCAACAUCCAGGGCCACCUUGCUGGCUACGGCAUAGAGGAACAGCUGCCCACCAUCGCCAUAGUGACACACUAUGAUGCAUUCGGUGUGGCGCCGAGCCUGUCGACGGGCGCAGAUUCCAAUGGUAGUGGAGUGGUAGCCCUCCUUGAACUGGCUAGGAUAUUCUCCAAGCUCUAUACCAACUCACGAACACACGCAAAGUACAAUCUAGUGUUCUUGUUGUCUGGUGCGGGAAAAUUCAACUACAUCGGCUCAAAGAAGUGGAUUGAAGAUUCAUUGGAAAAUGCUGAAAGCACACUGCUGUCCGAUAUCUCGUAUGUUCUCUGCCUGGACACCAUCGGCCGUGAGGACAACCUGAGGCUGCAUGUCUCCAAACCACCGAAGGAGGAAACACCUGCCUGGGAAUUCCUGCAGCAUCUUGAAUCGGUGAUUGCAACAUUCUACCCGUCGGUGUCGUUCAGCCUGGUGCACAAGAAGAUUAACCUGGCCGAUGAGAUCUUGGCCUGGGAGCAUGAGAGGUUCAGCAUGAAGCGUCUGCCUGCCUUCACUCUGUCCCACCUGGAGACACCCAAGUCACUAGAGAGGACCACCAUCCUGGAUACCAGGGCCAAUGUAGAUGAAAAAGUUUUAGUACGAAACAUUCGCAUAAUCGCAGAAUCUCUUGCAAGACAUGUGUAUAAUCUUACAAGUGCGGGAAAUGUACAGCUAUUCUCAGAUACUCUUGAUGUUCAGCAAGAGCUGGUAUCUGCCUGGCUCGACCACCUGACCUCACAGCCACGUGCAGCUCAGCUCGUGCCACGAGAUGCAAGCCUGCUGUCAACACUUGAGGACAUGAUGUCAAGAUACCUCAAGGACGUGAAACGAACCACUGUGAAAACAGACAAGAGAGACCCAGAGUUUCUGUUCUAUGACGGAUCUGAGUAUAUGAUGAACGCAUUCAAUGUAAAACCAGCCGUCUUUGAUCUGUUCCUGGCCGUUGCUAUUGGAGGCUACCUUGCAGCUAUUUACUUCCUUGUCCAGAAUUUCCACAUUAUGCUGGCGCUGUUUGUAAAGUUCACGCAUCGUAGCUCUGCAAAAACCACCAAAGCUAAUUAGUCAAAAACAUAAGUUAGUCGAGAGUUUUAACAGUUGGUUCGGAAAAUGGUGAGAUAUCUGGAUUCCAAAUAUAUUCUUCCCAUUAUGUGACUUAUCGGAAUGGAAAGAGCUGAAGCAAAAUCAUCCAGCCCAAUAAUGUUUAUCGAAGUCAUGCACAAUUAUUGUGUACACAUUCAAAACGCAGCUUUACCUUCAUGUUCAUGUCACUUUGUGUAUUUAAAUGUUGUUUUUUCAUUCUGAGUUUUUAUGUACCUAUUAUAUGUUGAAAUGCAAAUAUGUUUGAAGUUUUUUGUAAUGGUAUCUCAAAAUAUGCAAUAUUUGUUUUUAAUGUAAUUUGCAGUGAAAAUUAACUAAAUAUGAGCAUAUUACAGAACAGGUGGUUCUUAACAAUGACUUUAAUUACCAUUUACCCAUCUUAGUGAAAUUUUUAAUAUAGCUAGCUUGCAUGAUAAUUAUUUUAAUUGAUAUCUUAUACGUUUAAAACCUGGUUUUGGGUUGUUUGGCUUGGUUGAAUUUAUGAAAUGAAAUCAAUAAAACACUUUAAUCUAUAAUAGUCUAUUUAAAACUUAAGAUUUUUCCAUUUUGAUUUAGUCAAUUGAUGUUUUUACUGUAUUAUCAUAUACUUGAAGGUAUACAGAGAUAUUACAAACAGAACAAUUUUACACCCCUACAUUUGUAUGUAUAUUUGCUCACUUUAAAUAUUUAUUAAAUGCAUUAUAAUCAGGAAUGUUUAUAUAUUGUGAAAACUGAAAUAAAUCGUACAUUCUCUU